AUGGAAUCUCCCAGAGCCAAGAUUUCUUCCCAAACCCAUAACAACAACACCGGAACUUACUCAACAGGUCUCGACCAUGUCUUUCUGAACGCGCCCUCCGUCGCCGCCCGUCCGUCUGCCGAUCCAAGUCAACCCAGCAGUCAUCGCCAGGUCCCCCGCGCGCCCGUCCAACAUGAUUCGUUCCAAGAUGCAAUCACCAAGCUGAGAAAUGCACCCGUCGCUCACAAUGGAGGCCAAUCGCUAGCCCGUCUCAGUUUCCCCGUCCUUCCUCCCCCACCAGACACCCGUGGCAGUUCUGCAGCCGCCCGACCGACCUUCAGAUUACCCCCAAACCCAGCUACUUAUCGUCGUACAUCGCUCCCCGCCCAUUUCGGUCCGCCGCCAAUGGCCACUACCACAUCCCCUUCACCCCUUUCCGCCAAUCAGCCGUUUAUCCCCCUGCCCGCAACACCAGAAAUGAACUCGAUCAACUCCCUCGAGGAGCUCCAGGAGCUCUUCGGGCUCGCGUCGCCAUCAAAGGCUGGCGACAUUGACCUCCCGGACUUUGGAGUCUUUGGACCCAACGCCGCAGAUGUCGCUACGCUCUUGAUGAACCAGCCCGAAGUCUUCUCGACUCCUCAGCUUCAUCAAACCCCGUCCUUGGUCGAAGCUUCCCCGGAUCUCGAGCUCAUUGCUCCCGUCUAUGCCAACCGCAAGGGUCUCCAAGGUACCCCCAGCAUAGGCACAAAUCUCACCUUGACGCCGACGAUGGCUUCUCCGCACACGAAUGCCACCGGUCUCUACGAUCUCCCAGGCCAGUUUGGCUACAUCGAGUCCGAUGGUUCCUCGACCGGCUUGAACCUCGGCCAGAAUGGAUUUGAGAACCUACUCCAGAUGGUCAAUACAUUUCAACCUCCGCCAUCGCUUCCUUCCACUAUUUCGCCUUCCGAGACCUAUCUCCCCACGCUCACUCCCGGUCUUUAUACGCCGAAUCAACUUUUGGAUACGCCGUCCGUCGGAACGACCUCGCCAUUGCUAGAGACACCUGGUCAUCCGACUCUACCCCUCACCGGUACGGCGCAGCCGUCCAAGAAGCGCGCGUCUCCCAUCGGUCAACCCAAAUCCGUCGGUACGCCCACGUCGCUCAAGGGCAAGCGCGAACGGACCGACGACCUCGAACUCGAGGGGCAAGCAGGCAAGAAGCGAAAGCACACUGGAACCCGACCUGGCAUCUCGUCGGAUCAGUUGCUUCCUCCUGGCGCUCCCCCACAGACCAAGACGUACCUGACCGAGUCGUCUACCUCGCGCAAGGAUAUCCCCGCGUCAUACAAGGUCAAACCUGGCGAACAGCCUGAUGCAAUCAUCCUAGACAAGAUUGUCGCCAAGCGUACCGCGAACCGCGACUCUGCCCGCCGCUCAAGACAACGCAAGCAGCAGGCAAUGGAGAGUGCGCAGUCUGAGAUUGCAUGGCUGUCGGAGCGAGUAGCACAGCUCGAAGAGUACAUUCGCUCUGCUGGGCUUGAAGUUCCAUUUGCCGCUCAACGCUCGCCAAUGCAAGAGAUGGAUGAUCUCGAGUGA